UUAACGUCUAAUAUUUUAGAAUUACAAAAUGAUCAGUAGGUAUUGUUAAAAACUGCUAAAUUUAAAAUUUCUUUUGUUGGAAGUAACUUUUUACCUAAUGGUCACCUGUCUUUGGUCCCAAUAAUAGUUGUUUUUUCACACGAAUUACAAUUUAAAUAUGUUUUGGAAAAAGAGUCCUCGCAUUUUCACUAACUACCAAGUUAAAUCGAGAAAGCUUCCCUGUAUAGCGUUCGAAGAGGGCGAACCAUGAAGGAAAUAACCAUUCGAAAAGCGUUGGCGACCGACUUUGCAGCCAUUCUGGAGAUGUCAGAGGGGAUUUACAGCGGCCAUGAUUACUUCCCGUGUAUUUUCCACCAGUGGCUGGCCAAACCAAACCGCACGAUUUUUGUUGCUCAGUAUGGAGACAAACUCGUUGGUUUGAGAGCAGUUCACAUCGUGGACGAAGGCAAGACGUUUAUCAGUCAAGGCUUGCGAAUUCACCCCAGGUUCCGUGGUUUGGGGUUAAGUACUCGGUUGAUCGACGCCAUACAUCAGCACAUAAGACGGGAAUAUCCCAAGGUUUGCCGAGAACGCUUCACGACCAAGUCCGACAACAUUGAACGACUUGCCAUUCAGAAAAAAUACGGUGACACCGCCUUGUGUGAGCGAGAUAUUUUGGCCUAUUACGUCAACAGGGAAAGCCUGAAACCGCAUCAUCUGGAAGAGGUGGCGACCAAUUUUGACGUGAAGGUCAAACCCUGUACAAGAAUGUUUGUUUACAAUUCUAUUCUGGACGAUUCAGUAGCAAACAUGUUUCCUGGUCGUACGAUCAUCAUCGACUGGGAACCUUUCGAAGCUCUCCGGUCCAAUAUCGAUUGCAUUUUUGAAGACGGCGAUUGCGUCUUCUCGGACCGAGAUGCAGACGACUGCUCCAAUGGUCAGCUACCGAAGUCAUUCGCGCAUGGUCGGCGCUCGCCCCGAGUGCAGCACAUGCAUUGGGUGGCGUCCAUUUACACAGAAGAUCCAGUCAUGUUCCAAGUGCACGUUGUUCAACAGCUGAGGAGCGCAUGUCAGCAAGUGGAAGGUGAUUUCAUCUUCUCCACUUUUCACAAAGAGCGUCACACCAAAUGGGGCAAGAAGCUUUUAGAAGAGAAGAUCGGAAUGAAACCUGUGGAAUUCUUCCGUGAUUUUGGACUGAUGAUGUUUGAACGAACAUUUAAAUGACUUGUGAUCUGUAAUAAUUUAAUUGUGCUCUUACUGAAAUAUUAUUAGUAAAGCAAUUGACUGAAGUUAGCAAUGCAUGUGCUAAAUCUUGUUGACACUCAAAUAAAGUUUAUUUAUGUAUGUCAUGUAUGUAUAGUACUGAAGUUAUUACUUCCUUGUUCUUUCUUAAGGAGUGAUGUAUUUUGUUAUCUUCUGAAAUACAAAUAAUAAACUUGUCGUGCAAUGACAAUUAUUUUCGCAAUAUUCUAAAAAAGUGUUAAGUUAUUCCCAGGCUUAGCGACCAAAAUGCCGAAUUUUAACCACUGAAAGCUGUUUUUCUUUUUAUUGAAAGGUUUUGGAAGAAGAUGCUGUUGUAGCCAUCGUAUUUUACGAAGACUCAGUAAAAUGGAAAUAUGGUAAUAAUGCAAACUUCGGCUGGGCUGUAUGACCCCCCUUCUCUCACCUCAUCGGUUAUAGAAUGUUGGAAAUGUCAAAUAAUUUCUUUACUCAUCUACUUAUAUCGAUUUACUAUGCUGCUCAUUAAGUAGAAUACCAUUUAGUAAGCUACUCAUAAGCUAGGGUUCGACUCAAUCUUUCAGACCUA